AUGGUUCAGUAUAAUUUUAAGAAGAUUACUGUGGUGCCGAAUGGGAAGGAUUUCGUUGACAUCAUCCUCUCUCGUACUCAGCGUCAGACACCGACUGUUGUGCACAAAGGAUAUGCAAUUUCGCGGCUUCGCCAAUUCUACAUGCGUAAAGUGAAGUAUACCCAGCAGAAUUUUCAUGAUAAGCUCUCUACCAUCAUCGAUGAGUUCCCCCGGCUUGAUGAUAUUCAUCCGUUCUAUGGCGAUCUCCUCCAUGUGCUCUACAACAAAGACCAUUACAAGCUUGCUCUUGGACAAAUUAACACUGCCAGGAAUCUUAUUGGUAAGAUUGCGAAAGACUAUGUGAAAUUACUGAAGUAUGGUGACUCGCUGUAUCGAUGCAAGUGUCUUAAGGUGGCUGCUCUUGGCCGCAUGUGCACUGUGAUUAAGAGGAUUGGCCCUAGUUUGGCUUAUCUAGAGCAGGUCAGACAGCACAUGGCCAGGCUCCCGUCAAUUGAUCCUAAUACUAGGACUAUCUUGAUCUGUGGAUAUCCUAAUGUUGGCAAGAGCUCAUUCAUUAACAAAAUUACAAGAGCUGAUGUGGAUGUGCAGCCCUAUGCUUUCACUACAAAGUCUCUCUUUGUAGGUCAUACAGAUUAUAAAUACCUGAGGUACCAAGUGAUUGAUACACCAGGGAUUUUGGAUCGGCCUUUUGAAGAUCGUAAUAUUAUUGAGAUGUGCAGUAUCACUGCUCUAGCACAUUUGAGAGCUGCUAUAUUGUUUUUCUUGGACAUUUCUGGGUCUUGUGGUUACAGUAUUGCUCAGCAGGCGGCUUUGUUUCACAGCAUUAAGUCCUUGUUUAUGAACAAGCCAUUGAUUAUAGUCUGCAACAAGACUGACUUGCAACCGCUGGAUGGGAUAUCUGAGGAAGAUAUGAAGUUGGUCAUGGAGAUGAAAUCUGAAGCCUUGAAGACUAUAAUUGCUCAGGGAGGUGAGGCAACAAACGAUGACAGUGUAUUGUUGACCAUGAGCACUUUGACAGAAGAAGGGGUAAUUGCUGUAAAAAAUGCAGCAUGUGAUAGGUUAUUGAAUCAGAGGGUAGAAAUAAAGAUGAAAUCAAAGAAAAUGAAUGACUGCUUGAAUAGGUUUCAUGUUGCUGUACCAAAGCCUCGUGACCAGAAGGAUAGACCACCAUGUAUUCCUGCAGCAGUUUUAGAAGCCAAAGCUAAGGAAGCAGCUGAGAAGGAAAAGAGAAAAACUGAAAAGGAUCUGGAGGAGGAGAAUGGUGGGGCUGGUGUAUAUUCAAUGAAUUUGAGAAAACAUUACAUUUUAGCCAAUGAUGAAUGGAAAAAUGAUGUACUGCCUGAAAUCUUGGAUGGACAUAAUGUGUAUGAUUUCAUCGAUCCUGAUAUUUUGCAUAGGGUUGAAGAGUUGGAAAGAGAAGAAGGGAUGAGAGAGGCUGAAGCUGAGGAUGAUGAUUUUGAGAUUGAUGGAACUGAGUUGACACCUGAACAGCAAGAAGCUUUAGCUGAGAUUAGGAAAAAGAAAAGCUUGUUGAUCCAGCAGCACAGGAUUAAAAAGGGCAACGCAGAGAAUCGGCCAACUGUUCCUAGGAAGUUUGACAAGGAUAAACAGUACACUUCAGAGAGAAUGGGAAGGCAGCUGUCCUCUUUGGGACUUGAUCCCACUUUGGCAAUUAAGAGAAUGCGCAGCAGAUCUGCCUCUACAAGAGGCCGGAAAAGGGAAAGAUCACCUGAAUCAAGAAGUGCAGAUGGCAGAGAUGGUAUGGAUAUUGACGGUGACACACCAAGCAAAAAACAGCGUCUGAGUAGAUCACUGUCGCGAUCUAGGUCAGUGUCACGCCCGCCACAUGAAGUUGUACCUGGUGAAGGCUUUAAGGAUUCUGCUCAAAAGGUCAAGGCAAUUAAACUUGCCAAGAAAUCUGUCAAGAAGAGAAACAAGGAUGCACGUCGUGGAGAAGCUGAUAGAGUCAUACCUACAUUGAAGCCCAAGCACUUAUAUUCUGGGAAGCGCUCAUCUGGAAAAACUGAUAGACGCUAG